AAAAAAACAGAAAAAAGGAACUAAAACGAAGUGAAGUAAAAGUAAGCGCAAAGCAGAAAAGCAUGCAACGGUAAAUUGCAUUCUCGUCUGUCAAGGACAAAACAAAAGGCCCUGCUAUGUAGCAGCGCGCGUGUACAUGUGUCUGUGCAAAACAGUGAGUGUACGGUUGUGUGUGUGUGCAUUGAGCGAGGCGUCAGCAGGAGCAGCGAAAACAGAAACAAAAACAAGAACAGAAUGUGACACAAAUAUCAGCAGCAGCAGAGAGAAAGCACACACUAAAGCAAAACAAAGGAACAAAUCACACACGAGGCUAAACGGAGAACAGAACGGAGGCUGCUGGCACCUACCACCCACCUCCAUCACCCUCCAUUCUCCAUCCCAUCGCAUCGAGAGGACAUUUGGCGCCAGUACGGGCAGCGGCAGAAGGAGCGACAGCGACAGAGACAGAGCUGGGAGUACCAUGUGGCUUUACGCUUCGCUGCUUUCCUCCUCCUCCUCAUUUGCAUGCCCAUGCCCGUUUCUGGUGCUGCAGUUGGUCCUCCUGACGGUGGGCCUUCUCCCCUUGCAUGUGACGGCUCGCUUUUUGUGCGAGGGCGGACACAUCUGUUCAUUGCCGCGCGACUGCUGCACCCAGGGCUGCUGUCCCCCCUACCAGGGCGGAUCCCGACCACUGGCCCCGCCCUCGGAGCAUGUUCUAAAUCUCUUCUUCAUCAGUCACUGGUUCUUCUGGUGCGUCGUGGUUGCCAUCAUUCUGGCCAUUCUCUGUGCCUACUCGUUGUGGAAGAAGCGCCGCACUCUGUGUGGCUGGGGCUUUAACGAGCACCACACCCAGUCCGAGGGCGACUCGGCCGGUUCCUGCUAUGCCCCUCCGCAGUACAGUCGCUGCAGCUCGUUCCAUCACCCGCCCCCACCAUACACAGAGGUCACGUCCAAGCCGGAUCUCUAUCCGCUUGUCUUCACCUGCAACAGCGACAAUGGCAACGGCAAAGGCAAUGGCAACGGCAGCUCCAGCUACCUGAUGGUCCAGUACUUCCGGAACUACAUUGUCCGUCCGGCGGGCUCCUUGAGCGCCGCCAGCACUGUGGACUCGCUCAGCUCUAGCUUCAUUUGCAAUGCGAACGAGGCAAACACCAUGGUUCCGCCGCCAUAUUCCCGGGCAGCCAGUCCGGAUCUGGGGCUGCACCACUACCUGGCGCAUGCCCAUGUGGCCCAUGGCACUCGCAAUUCGGAUCAUACGGGUGCGCCACAGCCGCCGCUGGGCCCAACACCGCUUACCGCAGCUGCGACCCACCAGUAUGGACUGCCACGCUCUGCCUCACAGUUGGUCGACCCGGAUAUGUACCUGCCACGACAGACUGCGGCUAUUCAAUCGCAGUCCCAGUCCCAGUCACGGGCUCAUGCUCUAGCACAGGCUCAGGCCCAAGCGCACACACAGCACUAUGCCACGGUGGCUCUGGGCAGUGCGCCGGGCUGUGGUGGAGCGGCCAUGUAUAGCACGCGACUGCAUGGCUCCCACGAGGACGGAGUCAGUGCUGGUGCUGGUGUGGGCUACCUACAGUCCCAGAGCGAUCAGCAUUUUCGCUACAUGGCCAACAGCAGCAGCAGCCUGAGUGAUAUCUUCGUGAACAACAGCUGCGUGGCUGGCCUGGGUGGAGCGGCAGGAGGCCCCAGCAUGGACAGUGUGGCCGCCACACAGGCCGCAUCCCUAUGCAGCCUGGCAGUCGGCGGCGGCAGCUGCAGCGGCGGCUGCGGCGGUACACCGGUACUCUUCAGCAAUGGCUGCAUUCAGCCAAAUCCCCUGCACAGCCUGGAGAACUGCUGCCAGCAUUCAGCGGUCGGAAAGGGUGACCGCGGCGGUGGCCCCAACUCAGGUGUGGGGCCUGUGGGCACUGCAAGCACAGCGUCGGGUGUGAGCAGUCUGGCCAAUGUCGGGACACCAGGCUCACCGCCACAGGCCACCAGUCCCACCGGGGAGGUGCGCGAGAUUCUCGACCAAAUUCGUCACUUGCAGGCGGGCGUCAGCUAUGAACAUCUCCUGUUGAGCGGGACGGGCAUGGGAGCGGGAAUGGGUGCGAAGCCACGGCUCCAGCACACGCUGUCCACGCCCUCAUCCUCGCAGGCGCCACAGCCCACAGCGAUGUCGGUCUCUGUCUCUGCCUCUGGCUCCAGCGCAGUCUCCGCUGCUGGCAAGAGUAAAAAGUUCUUUGGCUCGAACAAGAUGCCGCCGCCUCCCAACAAGGCCUUGUACAUACCGAUGGCAGCCAUGGGCGCGGGAAUGGGCACGGCACAGCGCUGCCUGCUCAAGAGCCCCGUCAGCAGCGUGGUUAGUGGCGCCAGCUUCUUCGUGAAUCGAGGACGCGUGGCGCGCAAGGGCUGGAUCACACGCUCGGCACCCACUACGCCGGGCAGCGCCUUGCCACCCAGUCGGCUGGGCGACGAUAGCCCGCUGUUGCUCAAUGAGCACGAUGAGGAUGCCAUUGACGAUGACGAGGGAUUGGACACCGAAACGGAGACAGAAACCGAAGCGGAGACCCACGAACGUCAGCCGCAGCAUCGUAACCAUCGGCAUGGCCAGCUUGAAUAAUAAUUACAAUAAUUAGAGAAGGUGCAGGCAGUUUGCAGAAACCAGUAAAGAAUGGCUGGGAACUAAGGAUCCUUAAACAUUGAUCGAUCAAACAAACUUCCUUCUGUGAGCAACGUUUUUAUUUCAAGAAAAGAAACCAAUAACGCCGCAUGGAUAAUACGUUCGAAUAAUGUCUUCGGAUGCAAGUAACUUUUUAGAUAUUAAAACAAAGAACAAAUCGUAUUGUUUCAUGUUAUUUCAAAA